AUGGGUGGUGCUUCUAUAUCCUGUGACAAUAUCUUUAAGACAUGUUCGCCAGGAUCAAGAACGAGGCUCGUAAAGUGUUAUCGGGGAGCGGAAGAUAGUUCAAAGAAUCCUAUUGCACUCCAUUCGACAUGGCAACCGCCAGGUUCAACUCUCCGGAGCUGCGGAAACCUGCCAGUUCGCCCCGACCCAAAGGACGAGGUGCGUUGCAUUGGCAUCCUACGAGAAUAUAAGGAGGUAUUGGAGAAACCUGGGCGCUGA